GUCCGCGCGCUCCGCGGCGCGUCCCUGCGCGUGCCUCGAGGCACGUUGUUCAUGCUGCUCGGCCCGAACGGGUGCGGUAAGAGCACGCUGCUGCGAGCGCUGGCGGGACUGGUGAAGACGGACGCGGGCGCGCUCGAGGCGCCCGAGCGCAAGGCGUUCGUGUUUCAAAAUCCCGAUCAUCAAGUCAUCAUGCCGACCGUCGGCGCGGACGUCGGGUUUGGAUUGGGCAAUGAUCACACUCUGAGCGAAGACGACGUCCGCGAACGCGUCGUGCGAGCGCUGCGAACGGUGAAUUUAACGGACGACGACGCGUUUGAGCGACAGGUGGCGACGCUGAGCGGGGGGCAGAAACAACGCGUCGCCAUCGCGGGCGCGCUCGUGGAGGAGCCCGAGCUGUUGCUGUUAGACGAGUUGACGACAUUUUUAGACGAGGCCGAUCAGCGAGGGGUGAUAGAGGCGGUGCGCCGCGCCGUGGACGAGAGCGACGGUCGCGUCACCGCGCUUUGGGUGACGCACCGGUUAGAAGAGUUAGAGUUCGCGGACGGCGCGGCGUACAUGGAGGACGGCGUCGUCGUGAAAUUAGGCACUGGGAAAGAUAUUCGCGAGUUCAUUCGCGAGAAACAA